AAUCAAGGUGAUGGCCAGAAAUGCUCGGGCAUGUACAGCAAGAAGUCGUGGGGAGGCAAGGUUGACCCGUUCAUACUGGUCAAGUUCCGGAAGAAUGGCGACAAGAACGCAGGCAUUCAGGAUCCCACAGUUGGCGUGGUUAUAUGGGAGUGGAAAGACUCCAUGCUGCUAGGGAAGCCCUCGAAUAUGCCCGUGGGCGAGCGCCAAUACAUUUGCAACGACGACACGAUUGACUCGAAACUCUGCAAUGCCACCCACAAAGGCGAGUGGAUCCUGUCCGACGACGCCGACACCGUCUCCAUGAUGCACAUCCGAACCGAUGCGAUAAACCUAAACGACCCCAAGCCCAUCAACUACCCGGUUGGAGGCGGCGAGAGAAAGCUAGGGCUGAAAACGGGAUACUACUGCGUCGCAACCGCAAGCUAUGUCGACAACAUCGAGUACGAGGCUAUCGUAACGUUCCGCAACGCGUACGGCGAGCUACCGGCUGCACAGAUCCCGAAGCUACCGUUCUACGGCGGUAUCACCAUUGUAUACUUUGUUGUCUUGGUAUUCUGGGGCUUUCUCUACUUUCAGAACAGGCACGACAUACUCGCGGUCCAGAACUACAUAACAGCUAUUCUGGUCUUUUUGGUUGUCGAGAUGCUGAUGACAUGGGGCUUCUACGAUUACCAAAACCGCCACGGUAACAACUUGGGGGCCAAGGUGCUCAUGGUUGUGGUCGCUGUUCUGAACGCCUUCCGCAACUCCUUUUCGUUCUUUUUGCUCUUGAUUGUCUGUAUGGGAUAUGGUGUCGUCAAGCCUUCACUAGGCAAGACCAUGACCAUUGUGCGAUGGCUCGCUGUUGCACAUUUUGUCUUUGGCGUCAUCUACGCCGUAGCCUCGCUCACUGUGCGACCAGACGACGCAGGGCCGCUUGUUCUGCUUGUAAUUCUGCCUCUAUCUGCCACCCUCACAGCCUUCUACAUCUGGACGCUGAACUCGCUGAACUUCACAAUGAAGGACCUCAUUGAUAGGAAGCAACAUGUCAAGGCAACCAUGUACAAGCGGUUAUGGUGGUGCAUCCUGACCAGCAUCGUCGUCAUAUUUGGCUUCUUUUUCAUCAACAGCUUCACAUUCGCUAGUACCUCCACACCCGACUUCCCAGCGACCCACUGGCAGACGAGGUGGUUUGUGCUGGACGGCUGGCUGAACAUAGUAUAUCUGGCAGAUGUGUGCUUCGUCGCAUACAUGUGGCGACCAACAGCCAAUAACAGGAGGUUUGCCAUGAGUGACGAGAUUGCCCAAGAUGAUGAAGGUUUUGAGAUCGCAUCGCUGCGAGACUCCCUUGACGAGGAGGAGGGUGGUUCCGACCAGCCACCUUCAUAUGAUCCUGCGCCAAGGCAAAACAUCAACCGUGACGUGUCGCCGCUACCAGCGCCAAAGCCACAGAAGCCCAUUGUGCCUCCAAGAGAGAGUCUCGAUGGCGACACCAUCUUCGCCGUGGGCGAGGACGACAAGUGGAGUAGUGAUGAAGAUGACGAAGACGAAGACGAAGACGACGACGACGACAAUGAGCCGUCUAGUGCGAAGGGAGACAACGAGUACGCGAGGCUAACGGGGCGCAAGAACGAUUAGAUGUUAGUUCAUGGUAGAGGGGCUGGUGCGGAUACUAUUUAGGAUGGUCGCUUGAGUUCAUGAGCGAUGGCGUUAUAUUCCAUAUUUCGAUCAAGGUUUUGCAGGAUUACACGGUGCGCCUCUGGCGAUAUGAAUCACACAAAUCAAUAGCACUUCAUUCCUU